AUGCCUCUUGUAAAUACAGAUAAUGAUGAUGAUGAUACUUAUUCAUUGUCUUCAAUAACAAAUUCUGAUGAAGAUUUUGAAGAAGCUCAUUCUUAUGAUCAUCGUUUAUGUAGUCGAUAUGCAUCAUGUAAUAAAAAGAAACAUGAACAUUCAUCAGAUGAUUCAACUAAAUUAACAAAGCAUUCAAAGAAUUCAAAAUUCGUUGUAGGUUCUAUACGACCUAUUGCCAAUCAACCAGGACGUCGACAAAAAUACGAUGGAUGUAAAUGGCGUCGUAUAUGUGAUAAUUUCAAUUGUUCAGUUUAUUUAAGUGGUGUUCGUUAUAUUGAAAAAGGAUUAUGCCGAAAACAUUGUUUAUUUAGUACAGAAAAUAAUGUAUCCGCUGAAGCGGACAAUUCAAUUAUAGAAGAUACAACAAGAACAAUAUUGGACAAAAGAUAUACUAAAAAAACACCUGCUCGACAUAAAACUAAACGUAACAAAUCACCUAAACGUGGUGAUUUAAUGAUUGACACUGAUGGUAAGGGUCUAAAAUAUGAUGGUCAUUCUUGGCGUUAUACUUGCACGAAUAAUAAUUGUAAAUCUUACCUUGUGAGAAAUGGUUUUUGCCAGCGUCAUUAUUUGGAAAUGAAAAAAAAACAAUCAGAAAAUUCUUCUACCUCAAAUAAUAAUCAACAAGAAAUCUCUUCCACUUCAAAUAAUAAUCGACAAGAAAAUUCGACAAUGAAAUCGAAAAGCAUACGAACAAAACCAUCAGUUGUAUUAAAACCAAAAAAAGGAGAUAUUCAACUUAUUCGACAAUUAUGGAACGGUACAAAAUGGUAUUCAUUAUGUCAUCAUCCUACUCAAAAUUGUACAAAACGUUCGACAGGAAAACACCAUCGAUAUCUCUGUGAACAACAUUAUAAAGAAUCUCAAGAAAAACAAAAAAAUCCAAAUUUAAUUGAUGAUAAUGAUAUUAUAAUAGAAUCAACAGCUAAAAGAAAAAAAAGGUAUUUCCAUGGGAUCUCAACCACGUGUACAAAAGUUUUCUCAGAUUUUCGUGAAACUUUCAGGGUUGAUAGAGCAUCUGAUUCUAAACUUUUUGUAAUUCAUGAAGAAAGUUUUCGAUCAGACAAUAGUAUUGAUGAACCAAAUUCACCAAUAUUACAACGAUCAAAAUCAAGUAUUGAUCAAGUAAAACAUACCGAACAAUGUAUUCAAACUGAAGUAACAUAUCCACUUGAUUCAACUGAUCUUCGACAAGGUUGUUUUCUCAUUGAUGAUGAUGAUGAUGAUGAUGAUGAUCGAAAUCAAUCGGAAUCAUCUCCAGCAGUAGUUUGCAUAAAAAAAGAAGAUGAUAUUAGAACUAAUAAACGAAAUGUUUCCAUUAAUCUCAAUCCAAUAUCUAUUGAUUGUAAAUUAGAAAUACCCAAACUUGAAAUUUAG